AAAUACAUCAAUAAAUAAAGACACCAAACAUAGAGCAAACUCUUGGAACACUUACCCCAUUCUCUCUCAAUGACUACUACUACUACUCACCAUUCUCUCUCUUCCUAACUCUCAAAGAGACUCUUCUAAACUAUUUAUUUCUCUCAUUUUGCUUCUAUUUUCAUUUCAUUUCCAUUCUAAAACCAAAUAAAACUACACCAAACAAGAAAGAAAAAAAACUCCAUUUUCCUUUCGUUUCCUCAGAUCUAUAAUCACCAUUUUUCUCUAUAGCCCAGAUCUUUAUUUAUCACAAGUUACAAACUUUAUUCCUAUUGGUCAUGAGUAAAGAAGAAUUUUUGAAGAUACAGAAAUCUGUUCUAAAAGUGAACAUACACUGUGAUGGAUGUAAACAUAAAGUAAAGAAAAUCUUACAGAAAAUUGAUGGAGUAUUUACAACUGAGAUAGAUGCAGAACAAGGGAAGGUCACAGUUUCAGGGAAUGUGGACCCAAAUGUUCUCAUCAAGAAGCUUGCAAAAUCUGGGAAACAUGCUCAGUUAUGGAGUGUUCCCAAACCAAACAACAACAACAAUAAUAAUCAGAACAACCUUGUUAAUCAGUUAAAGAACAUGCAAAUUGAUAAUGGCAAAGGUGGUGGAAAUAACAACAACAAGGGUCAGAAUCAAAACCAGAAGGGUAGUGGAAACAAUAACCAGCCCAAAGGUGGUCAACAAAUACAACUACAAGGACUAAAUCCUCAGCAGCAGCAGCAACUUCAGCUUCAACAACAGUUACAACAACUUCAACAGAUGAAAGGGUUUCAAGAUCUAGCACAAUUUAAAGGCAUGAAGAUGCCGCCGAAUCAGAAUGCUAAAGGUGUUAAAUUUGAUGUGCCUGAAGAUGAGGAUGAUUUUAGUGAUGAUGAAAUGGAUGAUUUUGAUGACGACGAAGAUGAUGAUGAAGAUUUUGAUGAUGAGUUUGAUGAUGAAAUGGUUGGGUUGCCACCUAAUAAGAUGAAACCCCCUUCUAUGCCUAUGGGGAAUGGUGCUCACAUGAUGUUGAAUGGUAAUCAUCCACAGCUUUUGACUGCUAUGAAGGGUGGCAAUUUUAACGGCGGCGGUGGUGGCGGAAACGGGCAGAAACCUGGUGGUGGAGGGCCUGUUCCGGUUCAAAUUCAUGGCAUGAAUGGUGGAAAUGGCAAUGGAGGAAAGAAAGGUGGUGGUGGAGGGAAUAAUCAGAAUCAAGUUGGAGGUAACAAAAAUAAUGGUGGCAUGCCAGAAGCUAAAAACGGUGGUGGUGGUGGAAACAAGAACGGAGGGAAUAAUAGUAAUAAUCAAAAUAACGAUGGGGGUAAGAAGGGUAUGUCGAUACCAGUUGCUGGUGGUGGUGGUAAUGUUCAAGCUAUGAACAAUGGAUUUCAUAAAAUGAUGGGUGGUGGAGGUGGUGGUCAAUCUCAUCCUGGUAUGGGUGGUGGAGGAAAUAACAUGGGGCCAAUGGGUCCCAUGCCUAUGAACCGAAUGGGUGGUAACAUUCCUGCUGUUCAAGGUCUACCGGCAGGCGGAGGAGGAUACUUUCAAGGUGGUGGUGGUGGUGGUCCAGGCCCGGAAAUGAUGCAGGGGAAUCCUUAUCAACAACAACAACAGCAACAUCAGCAGCAGCAGCAACAACAACAACAACAGCAACAAUUAAUGGCUGCUGCAAUGAUGAACCAACAACGUGCUGCAAUGGUGGAAAAUGAUCAAAGAUUUCAGCAGCCAAUGAUGUAUGCAAGGCCACCUCCUGAGGUGAAUUACAUGUAUCCUCCUUACCCUUAUCCUCCUCCAGAUCCUUACUCACAUGCUUUCAGUGAUGAGAACACUUCCAGCUGCAAUGUCAUGUGAUUCAUCAAACAAACAAUGUUCAUGGUGAUGGUGAUUGUUCAACAACUAUAGUACCUACCCUCUCUAAUUUUAUGCAAUAUAUUUAUACCCAAUGAAACAUGAGUUUUUUAGUUCUGUUUUCAAUUUUCUUUGUUUUCCCCUUUUCAUCUUAUUGGGGGGGUUUCUAAUUACCAUAGAGGAGUAGUUUAUAGAAAUAUAUUAUGAUAUUUACUAUGUUAAUUAUGUUCUUGGGUAGUACUAUAAUAUAUAAAAAAAAUAUGUUUAUAUGUGUUUAUAUUUUGGGAAUAGUAAUAAACAGAAUUAAGAAGGAAAUGAAUGUUAUUGAGAAUGGGAUGAAAGAAAUUCCCAGCUUAGUCUUGGAAAUUUCAAUGUUAUCUUUUUA